AUGUCCUAUUUACACACUCCUCCAACCACUCCGGUCGCAACCACGCACAUCGAAGCGCUUUAUAAGCAAUUCAACAUCAAAAUUGUGCACCACCACACGAUGCCCAACCCCUCCAAGGUCAAGAAAACGCCGUUCUCGUGGCUGGAAAUCCGCUACAUCAUCAGUACCAACCAAUUGGAGCUCUUUGCCAGGUCCCAGGAGGCCACCGAUAGGUACUUGAAGUUCAAGCAGCACCUCAAGGACCAGAACGUAGGCAUCAUGGACCAUGUGUUGAACAACGAGCUCCAGUGGGAUGCCGCGGGGUUGCGGACAGGCGACUCUCUCUUCACCAACCCCCAGGACCUUAAAAUCAUCUACAACCAGUUCCCGUACUACGUUCCCCACAACGUCAAGCAUUUCUGUGUGUGGACCAAGGUCCGCAUUUGUGGCGACCCCAACUCGCCCAUUGGGGACAUCCUGCCGCAAACCAGGGAUGUAAUCUCCAGGUACGUGGAGAAAACGUUUGUCGAGAAGUAUGGCCUCAGUUGGGACCAGAUCGUGUGGUUCCGCAACUGGGACAGUUUGCAGAGUGUCAAGAGCAUCAGUCACAUCCAUGUGAUUGUCAAGGACUUGGAGGUGCCCGACGAAGAGAUCAUUGGCACCAGCGGGUCCGUGUUGACCGAGGAGGAGUACAAUACCAUCAUGGGCAAGUCCCAAUGA